CGCGGCAAUCAGUUAAUUGUCAGCUGCGUCGGCCUCGCCGGGUGAUCUCUAUCUCUGCACACGACCACACCUGAACAUGGCUGAAUACAUGGCCGACAAUAGGGGCACCGCCACCGGCGCAAGCGACGACAGCGCCGUGGCAGCGCACCCGGUGGCGGUGAAAAGGGGCGUGACCAUAUCCGUGACCGUCGUGCUCCUCGCGUUGCUGGUGGCCUCCCUCGCGGCGUUCCUGAUGUCGUCGCCGCAUGCCAGCGAUGGCGGCCAGCGGGCGGAGGGAGCGAGCGGCGGGGAACGGGAGGGCAAGCGCGCCGAGCCGGUCGAGCAUGCGAUCGGCGACGUCGGCAUCCCGGGGUUCAACAGCCGGCUGGACGCGUUCCGCACGUUGGCGAGGCUGACCUUGAUGAAGCUCUGGCGGCCGCGCUCCGACGAGCCUCAGUAUGGGAGCGCCGGCUCGGUGACGGACGCGGCCAAGAAGAGCUUCGAGAUGGGGAAAGAUACGGUGGAUCAGGCGGCUGCCGCCGCUGCGAAGGCAACGGGGGAUGCCGUGGAGAAGGUGAAGGGAGCAGCCUCGCCGGCGCGGCCGGCCACGGACGACGCAGAGCUCUGAGCAGAGCAUGCGCAACUUACAAAGACUGGCGACGUUCGCCAUGUGUGUUCUGUAGCAUGUAAACAAACUGUACCGCAGACGUGUGAUGUGCAUGUACUCGGGUCCUGACUAUCUGUACGUACUAGUGCAAAGCUGUGCUGUGUGAUCGGCAUGUUAGGUCAGUGGAGCCCUGGUUGUGUAGCCACCAAAGACCGAAGGCGCAGAUGCCGUCUCUGUUGAUCAGGCGGCUAGAGGGUGUUCUUGUAUGUGUUGGACGCUCGAGAGGCGUGAAACAUGGCAGAGGUGAAAUAAGGCACGAUAACCAAGGGCUGUACUUUGAGGAAUGAGUAGCAACAAGUCUGCAAUUUGACCUUGC